AUGGCUGCGGAGGCAGAAGCAGCGCAGGCUGCAGGUGCAAUCCCCUCGGGUGGGUUGUGUCUGCUGGUGAUCGACCAGCAGGUUGAUUUUCAUCCGGGUGGCUCACUCGCGAUACCCACAGCCAAUGAAGAUGCGGCGCGUAUCGCCGAAUUUAUUCACCGACACACGAGCAAGCUCCAGCAGCUCGUGCUGACUCUGGAUUCGCACCAGCGCUACCAUAUUGCGCAUGGGAUCUUCUGGGAGAAUGCAGAGGGCAAGUCGCCUGAUCCAUUUACGCUCAUCACGGCUAAGGAUGUCGCUGCCGAUGUGUGGAGGCCGCGCGAUCCAAGCUUGAAGCAGUACGUGUUGGCCUACACGACAGCGCUUGAGGCUAGCGGGAAGUUCACACUGUGCAUCUGGCCCGAGCAUUGCCUCAUCGGAUCACCUGGGCAUAACAUUGUACCGAAUGUGCUUGCGGCGGCGAUGGAAUGGACCAAGACGUCACUCAAGCCAGUGCAGUACGUUAUGAAGGGCAGCAACUCGUUCACGGAGCACUACUCGGCGCUCAAGGCCGAGUUCGAGCUGCCUUACGAUCCCACGACAAGUUUGAAUCAGACGCUGGUAGACAGUCUCAAGCUUGCCGACAAGGUGGUUGUCUGUGGCGAAGCCAUCUCGCACUGUGUGAACUACACGGUGCGAGAUUUGGUGGAUGCGUGGCCCACGGAGCGGCUUCACGACUUGGUGAUCCUGACUGACUGUGCGUCCCCCGUCCCGGGCUUUGAAGAGGCUGGCGAGGAGUUUCUGCGUGAUAUGGCUGCCAAGGGACUCACACUUACAAUGUCGGACCAGUUCACCGCAUAG